CAAAUAGCGGGGUAUGUUAUCCGUCGUGUUUAGUGUUCAGUAAUAUUUCUGUGUUGACUGUUAAACACAUUUGGUUAGAAAACCAUACGCUAGAAAGAAAAAAUGGCUCGUCUUAGUUUGUGUUUUUUAGUUGUUGCAUCAUUGGUUUACUGCACAUUUGCUGAAGAAAAGUACACCACCAAAUUCGACAACUUUGAUGUUGACAAAGUGCUGAACAACAACAGAAUCUUAACCAACUACAUUAAGUGCUUACUUGAUGAGGGAAAUUGUACUAACGAAGGCAGAGAAUUAAAAAAAGUCUUGCCAGAUGCACUAAAGACCGACUGCAGUAAAUGCACGGAAAUUCAAAAGAACAGAUCCGAUAAAGUGAUAAGAUUUUUGAUCAAGAACCGUGCUUCUGACUUCGAACGUUUGACUGCUAGAUUUGACCCAACAGGCGAGUACAAGAAGAAAUUGGAAAAAUACGAAAAGGAAGCAUCUUCCGCAUCUGCUAAACAUUAAUUAGUCAAAAUAUUAUUUCUCCAUAUUCCUAUAUAUUUACUUCUCGCUUUAGUAUAGAUUCAUAAGAUCAUAAUAAAACAUUAUUAUAUUGUA